AUGUCUUAUAGUCACGACUCUGUGGACGAACGGACAACCUUCCUAGACGAGGAGAAACAUGAACGAAGCUCCGACCAUCGCGGUCUCUCACCAAGAACGUUCAAGCUACUCACUUUAUGCAACGCGGUGUUCUUCCUCGCGACGCUGUCGUUGUAUGCUUCGUCAUGGAUUGAGUUUUCCGUUGAUGGGAGGCUCAACCCGAUAUUGAGGCAGUUUCAUUCAUACUCUCCUCUCAUCGAUGCAGUCGAUCUCCCGCUAGAGGUGAAGACCAUGAAUGGCACACUGUAUCCCAACCAUCAUCCCUCAGUGGCACGUGGCCCACCCAGCCCAGAAAAGGAUGCUGUAUGGAAUGAGUGGGAGAUCACGCGCGUUUAUGCCAUCACAGCGGACCAGAUCCGCGCGUUGGGCAAAGACCCCACGACAGCUACUAAACUUGAAGACGAAGUUUACGGUCUCGGCGACGACGCAUAUGCCUCUACCUUCGACAUCUAUCACCAACUACACUGCCUAAACAUGCUGCGAAAACUCGUCUACCCAGAUUAUUACCCUAAGGCACGGAUGCAAUUCCCGCACGCUCAGGACCCAAAGGUCAUGUUCGAGAUACACAUGGACCACUGCAUUGACAUGUUGAUGCAGACGAUUCAAUGCAGCGGCAAUCUCAACCUUAUCACUAUGCAUUGGGUGAAUGAAGAAGCCAUUCCAUUUCCCGACAUGAGCAUCAACAGGCAAUGCGUUGCGAAUUUUGAUGCCUUGACGGAGUGGCGGAAGGAACACCAGGUGGACCCGGUGAAAUACGUUGCGAUGAAAAAGCCUCAGGACGUGAAGCAGCUGCCGGAGGCGGAUAUGUGGUACAAGUACUUUAGGCCGGACAAGGUGAAUCCGAACCAUGUCAAUGGCGCAAAUCCGGACGAGGACUUCAAUCUAUAA